AUGAAGUACAAAUUGAACCAAUGGGAGCAACAAAUCGAAGACGAAUUUCAACGUGCUCAACAAACACCCGGCACUGCGGAAUAUCUCAGUACACUCUUGACCGGACCAGAUCACACCUGUCCACAUGCGAACAAAGAGAAAACCCGCGGCACGCCUAAACGACUAGGUUUCUUCCGUGCAACAGAUGGGUCAACGACAUACCUCGACACAGACAAAGUAUGCCAAUCAUGCUACGAUGCCGCCGUCCCAGAAGGCUUCAACGUCUGGUCCACGGCAUACAAUCCGUCAACGCGACCUAUGACGCCCAAGUCCCAGGCCAGGUUCAACAAUGAAGGCGGCGACAAGCUCAACAACUGGGCCGCCCUCAACGUGCCAGACUUCUACCCGCCCAUGUGGCAAGCAGGGACCGAAGACGACUUUGACUCUGUGCCGGUCACGGACAAACACAUGCCGACAAACGCGGAAGUCAAGGAACUCUGGCGUGCACUUGUGACGGCCGGGCAACCCUUUUAUAUCGAUCAACUGCAUCUCUCCGAGCCGUGGAACCCGCGAGCUCCAGACCAAAAGGCCGAAGACGCCCGGGUCUCGCGUGAAAAUCACCUUGCGUACGCUAACGCGGCGAGGGGCUUUAUUGCCACAGGAAUCGGUGGUGCGGGUUGUAAUACCAUUAUCGAACAGCGUGUGUUGGGCGAGCGAGCCGUCGAGAUUCCAGCUCGAUUUGGCGAGAAUUGGAAGAUGGCGACCCAUGAUGAAAGUGAGGUGCCCGACGCCUCGGAGUCUUCGCCUCACCCUCCCCGGGUGCGUUCCCUUUGA